AUGAAUCUCAAGGCAGCCAUUAUAGCCGAGUUAGAGAUCGAUGAGGUAAGAAAAAAUAUUGAAAUUCGAUACAUCGUAGAAGGUAAUUCAUGUCCGAUGAAAAUUAAGAACGACAUGGGUGUUAGACUAUAUUUAGAAGUGAAAAAAAGUGAGCCUGGUUUUGCAAUGUAUCCAUUAUAUAUUGAUACAACAGAUAAAAUUGGCGGUGAGAUACAUAGCUUUGAUGGAACAUGCGGAGAGAUUAUAUGUAUCGAAGGUACAACAAGGGAUACAGAAGCUCUUGCAGUGGUUGAAUCAAGAAUUUGUGAUUCAUAUUAUAUUCCAGAAUUAGAAGUUACAAAUUACAUAAUUGAUUCAAACAGUAUAGAUGUGAAGACAGGUCAAUUGUAUAAGGAUAAAGCAACAUUGAUAGAUGUGAUGGCCAAAUAUAAAAUAAAGAAAAACUUCAAUUGCAAAGUAAAAAGAUCUGAUAGACAAAGCUAUGUGUUGGCGUGCUUUUCGAUUGAAUGUGGUUGGACUAUGAAGGCUUCAUGCUGGAAAAAUUCUGAUGUUUUCAAAGUAAGAUACUUUAAUAGUGAACAUACAUGUCCAGUGCGGGAUAGGAUACUAACCAAAGUCCAAGCAACAAUUGGGUUUGUUAGUAGUGUGACUGUUCCUAAAUUGGUCAAUCAUAAAUGA